GUAAAAUAAAAUAUAUUACAAUAUAAUAAAUACAUAAAUAAAUAAAAUAAAAUUUUUAUUUGAAAGGCCCAUGUAUGUCAUUACAUUAUGUAUGGAAUAUGACAUCGUUCAAAUGUCCGCCACGGCUUCUCACGGUGGCACGGAUCCGAGUGGUCCAAUUUUCAAUGACUCUGCCGCAUAGAUCCGGUUGAAUUUGAGCGAUGGCAUUGGAUGAAUGGCUAUGUUAACAAGCACAAUUGCCGUAUAUGGGACGACGCCAACCCACACGAGGUUCACCAGGUGGUAAUUCAUCCACAAAAAGUUAUUGUUUAGUGCGGAUUUUGGGCCGGCGGCGUCAUUGGUCCGUACUUUUUUGAAAACGACGUUGGUGAGGCCAUCACCGUCAACGGCGGGCGCUACAGAACGAUGAUAACCGAUUUCUUUUGGCCCAAAUUGAACGAUAUGGAGGUAGACCACAUGUGGUUCCAGCAGGACGGCGGCGCUACGUGCCACACAGCGGACGCCACGAUGGACAUUCUGCAUGAACGAUUUGAGGGUAUGGUUAUCUCUCGCAGAGGUGACGUGAAUUGGCCACCGAGAUCGUGCGAUUUGACCCCGCCAGACUUUUUCUUGUGGAGUUUCCUGAAGUCGCAGGUCUAUGCCAAUAAGCCGCUAUCGACCGAUGCCCUUAAAGUCAACCUAACCAGUGCCAUCGCUCAAAUUCAACCGGAUCUAUGCGGCAGAGUCAUUGAAAAUUGGACCACUCAGAUCCGUGCCACAGUGAGAAGCCGCGGCGGACAUUUGAACGAUGUCAUAUUCCAUACAUAAUGGCAUGCAUGGGCCUUCCAAAUAGAAAAAGAAUUUUGUUAAUAUCUCUCACACACAGCUUGUUUUAUUCCAUUUCAACAUCGACCCGCCUUUAUUGAAAAACCCAUACGUGGUGUGUCUAAAAGUUCGGUGAAUGGUCAAAUAUCUUGGUAUUCAACGGUUGAACGAAGUCGCGAGCAUGCUUAGGCAUGCAUUGACAUGUCUAGACCUGUCCUCUAUCGGGGUUUGCACGAGGCUGCUAAAGCAGUAUUGUUGCAUUCAUUUCAAGAGAGUGUUCCGAGCUGUGUGCGUCGAAAAGCCAUGGAUCAACGAUUUAACAUUAAGUUCUGCUUC